AUGUCAAAGAUCAAGAUCUCCCGACCUAAAACAUCCAUCAGUCUUGGUCGACUGCAAGGUGAAGCGAGACGAUAUUUCGGGUCUAACCCAAUCUUGCUGGAAGCUGGUAAAGUCGUCUUGGCUGCGGUGAUGGUAGAAGUGACGAGGAGGGUGACGAGUUCUAUCAAUAAUGCUAUCAAUCAAGGUCUCAUACUCCGAGCUACCAUCCCAUCUUCUGAUCCAGCAUACGACUGGCUGAUCCACUUCAUUCGUCAACACACUUCCGCCUUAUCCAAGUCAACCAAAGACAGUAUCCCAUUUUGGACAGACUACCUCGAAGCGAUGUAUCCUACCGGCCGAUAUCCCCCAAAAGAGAUGAUCAUCCGAUCCAAGUUACCGACCAACGCACCCCUGAAAACGGAGGAACACGGUGAUCCAAAUGACCCCUCAAGAGCUAACGAUGAGGUGGAAUUGUUUACUCUGCCUACCAAAACUAUCAACAUGGACAUUCCAUUCGAAGGUCAUACAUUCCAUUUCGUACUGGAAACCAAUAGUGGGCAAAAAGAGCGAAACCUGAAAAUAUCGGUAUCGUCCUUCUCUCGCUCUCGGGAGAUAUUCCAUUCUCUCAUCUAUCACUCCCGAACCCUCUACCUUGCCAAGUCUCAUAGCAGAUUAUCAAUCUACAUUCCCCGUCUGACCACACACUGGUGGGUAGGUUCAUGGAACUUGACUUCCUUCAAACCUAUCAGACCAUGGGAGUCGGUCUUUCUCCCUCAAUCGGUCAAAGAUGGUGUAUUGAGGGAUACAAGGGAGUUCCUGGAGAACAAGCAGUUUUAUCAGGAUAGGGGAUUACCUUGGAGAAGAGGCUGGUUGCUUUAUGGCCUACCAGGUACAGGAAAGACUUCAUUGAUCACAGCGCUUGCAUCUCAUUUCAAACUCGGCGUAUACAUCGUCAACGUCGGGGCUAAAGGACUCGACGACGAGGUACUCAUGAAGUUGGUGAUGGACUGCCCAAAGAAAUGCAUUCUUCUCUUUGAAGACAUCGACUGUGCUUUUCGAAGUCGUAAGAAGGGUGCUACGACCGUAGGACUCCCGCCUCCAUCUGUAUCACCAAAGAAGAAGGCCAAGCGUACAAGUCCAUCGAAGUCAUCUGUUCCGACUGCAGUCCUUGAUGACUCAGCUGUCACAGAAGGUACUUCCGCUAAUGUUUCUGACUCUACCGCCAAACAGAAAAUCAGUGAUCAAGAACCGAACUCUGCACCAGCCAUGCAGGCUAUUGAUGGUACUGAGAGCGCUCCAGAUCCUUCACUGGCCACUGUUACUUCACCUGGAAGAUCUCUUGAUACCGCAUUGAUUAAACUGGCUGCUCAAGAUCCCGACGAUCGAGGUGAUACGGAUUCCAAAGACGUUUUGCCUCCUAUUCAAACUCGAAAACCGGUAAAUGGCAAUACCACCUCAUCUGAUGUACCGACAUCUUCCGAUGAACUCACUUCUGAUGCCAAUAAACCACAAGAUGCCUCCUCCACGAACCCAGAAAUUGCUCCCACAAAAGUCAAGAAAAGUGGCGUCACCCCUCCUACCGAGACCACAGACAAGAAAGAAUACUUCACUGUCACUUCCGCCACCUCUACCGAUCCAUCCAAGGAAGACGAUGCCCAAAUCGAACUUACGACUUCGGGUGAAGGAGAAUGGACGAGCUUCUCCUCUCAUUAUCAAAGAGAAGAGGAGGAGAGGAACCGAUCGUCUGUCACAUUAUCAGGAUUGCUGAACGCCAUAGACGGCCUUGCUGCAAGUGAAGGUAGGAUACUGUUCUGUACGACCAAUCACGUAAGAAGGAUUGAUCCUGCGUUAUCAAGACCUGGUCGAUGCGACGUCUGGGUCGAAUUUACUCAUGCAACGAGAGAUCAGGCAUACGACCUGUUCAUGUAUUUCUAUCGACCAAGACCAUCGGAUGAAACUGGAAACACGAUCAGCCAUCCUCUGAUCCCGCCAAAUGCAUCAACAUUUGGUCAAGAUUACAGUUCAUCACUUCCAAGAGAUAAAAACAUUCAGGAGGUAGAAGAUGACGGUGAAUCAACCUACGAAUAUUCCUCAUCAUCAUCAUCCUCGUCCCCUGUCAUCAGUUCACCAAAUUCUUCAGCACCAUCAACAGCUAUAAGUCGAGCUACUAGCAGCACCACUCUCGAUACAGAAAUCACCAUACCUGAAUCCGAAGCUGCAAACGAAAUGGACACACCCAAAGGAGAAAAAGCGAAAGACGAUCUUGAGAUCUUGGCUGAUCAUUUUGCAGAUUCGCUUCCUGGAAAUCGUCUGACCAUAUCGGCUUUACAAGGUUAUCUGAUGGGGUAUAAACUGAAUCCAGCUAGGGCUUCGGAGAUGUUUGUGGAGUGGGUUCAUGUAGGUUGUCCACAGGGUCUGGAGAUGAUAAGAUAG